AUGGCUUCAACGAUCCCCCAAGAUGAGGUGUCAGAAAUUGAUACCACGAUUCCAGGCGGUCUGGAAACGACACGGGAGGAAUCCCCACCGCGGCGGUCUCCUUUUCGCACAAUGCAACAAGUCCACGACUUUCUUUCCAGCAGCACCACUCUUAAGAGCAUCAAACUUCGGGUCACUCUACUUGGUUGUUCUAGCCAUCCUGACAGGUACAACUUUCCAUUUGACUUCCCUGCCGGCUCUCGUUAUUCGUUCAAACUCGAGUCUCUCCAACUUGACGGCUACGACUUUGGUUACCAGGAGUGGAAGAGGGUUCAGCCACCUAGCAAGCUAUUUCCCUCUUACCCCCACAGCUGGUCUCCGGAUGGCAUUGGCAACUACUUCUGGUGGUACAUGUCCGACUUGGCGACUAGGUAUUAUAAAUGGCGCAACCUUCCCGACGACCUGAAGCAUAAGACAAACCUCGAUCUGUGGAUUGACGCAAUGGACUUCUCCCAUAUCCGAGAGCUUGCACUGAGAGACAUCAGAGGGCAGUCUAUAGUUGCCCUUCGGCUCCCCCCACUCCUCAAGUCCUUGACGUCCUUGACGAUUCGGGGAGUUCAUCAUGUCCGAGAAUUCGUUCUUGGGCUACCACGCGAUUCGUUGGAGCAUCUUUCUUGGAUUUCUGGCUGCGGAUGUGGGCAGAGCCGGUCUCUGCUUAAAGUUGUGGGGUACCAUGCUCAUUCGCUUGCUCGUCUCGAAUUUAGAGAGCCCGAAAGCUCCCAUCAUCGACGGGAGGUUCUUACUGCAGAGGAGCUUGCCUCUCUGGGUGAUUUGGUGCCAAAUCUACAAGAAUUGGCCAUCGACCUCAACCGAAAUGGCACUUGGCCAUUUGAAGAGCUGGAAUCAGUGGCCGCGCACUACCAUCGGUUAAAGCGACUCACAAUAUACUUGGAGCUUGCCAGUGAGCAACGAAGACAACAUGAAAGCUCGGCGUGGUCUAGAAGUAAAUCGUUGAGCGAUGAAGGUGAAGACCUAGACAACAUGGCCCGCCCAUUGCUAACCAAAACGACUGGGGUGGAACUUUUCGAACUUUUGCGCAAACAAAAAGUGGGCGAGGAGCUGAUUGAGCUGAAGCUGUUUGCUGGAGACUGGGAGAGAGCGCAUGAUGGGCCGCUAUACACUGCUCCGUGGCUUGAGCAUCGAAAAGCAUGGGUUACGUGCCAAAUCAUGGAGAAUCCCAACAGCACAGGAAAGCAGAUACUUUGCGACGGAAGGGAUACAGUUGUGGUCAACGGAAACGGCAGUGUGUGGGAUGAAGUGGACCUCGUUCCGAGGGGUGUCAUCAUUCCGGUGCUCGAUGAAGACGAAGAGGAACAAAUAAGGUUGUUAGAGAUGGGUGCUGCCGGUGAAGAUUGGGAAAUAUAG